AUGUCGGAGAGCGCCUGGACCGCGGAGCGUGAGGGAGACGAGCCGCCGGUUGCCGUCCCACCUCCGUACAGCCCCCCGGGGGCCGGGCAGAGCGAGGCGCCCCAGCUCCGCACCACGCUGGACUGCUGGGCGUGCGGCGUCCUCAUCUCCGCACACAACCUGCUGGUCGCCCUGCUCAACCUCCUCCUCCUCAUCCUCGUCUUCGGAGCCGUGCUGCUCCCCGCCGCCGUCAUGGUCUCCUUCGGACUGGUCUGUCACUCGCAGGUCCUGGGCUCACGGCCUGCCCUCUGUGUGGAUGUCCUGGACGAUGGCAGCUCCACGGCUUUAAUGGUGGUGGGCUUCGUGCUGGUGACGCCCCUGGGAGUCCUCGCCCUCGCCGCCUACUGCCGCCUCGCACGGCACCUUCAGCUCGGCCUCUGUUUCGUCCCUUACAGCAAGGCCGUCUACCGGAACCUGCCGGCCGUGCACUACCGGGCCGGUGGGGUGUGCUGUCUCCAGGGGGCCCAGGAGCCGGGCAAAGUCUGGGUCUAGGGCGCGACGGAGGGGGCGAGAGGCAGCGGAGGGUGGCUCAGCAGCCGGUCAC